AUGGCUCCCUCAGCUCCAGCAACGGCCAGCAAUUCGCCGGCCAAGAAGACCUCAGCCCCCGAGAAGAAGUACAAGUGCCAAUUUUGCAAUCGCGCUUUCAGUCGAAGUGAACAUCGUAGCCGCCAUGAACGCUCACAUACCAAAGAGCGACCUUUCAAGUGCCUAAAGUGUCGCAGUACGUUUGUUCGUCGUGAUCUUCUUCUGCGCCAUGACCGCACAGUGCAUGCCAAGGACGGCGGUAUCCCUUUGGUCGCCGAGGGUCGGAGACGCGGUGGAAAUGGAGGUGUGCAAAAGGCGUCCUCGGCGGGGCCCUCCAAGCCUUCGAUCACAAUCGAUCCGGCGACGCUGGAGCAGAUUGAGGCAAGCAGCGACGGUAUGGUCGACCUUGAAACCGCAGCCAUGUUGAUGACAGACUUCCAACACAAGGCGGCAGCAGCGGCGACCGGUCAAGUUUCCGAGCGCUCAGAGUCCCUUUCACCCGGUCAAGGCUCCUUUGACCCGUACCUGUCGGGCAAUGCCACUUUGCCUCAGAUGCCCUGGGACACUCUCGUCUCCCCGGCGGAAGCUGGCUCGAUGCCCACGUUAAUCGAUCGUCACGGUCCCGUUGGCGACGUGCUCCUCUCCCACUCGCUCCCCAUGUCGGGCAACUCGACCCCGAACGCUCUGUCGCCGUACCCGUCCAUGACCGGUCCCGUCAGCCCUGUCAAUUACCGCCGCUCUCCCGGUCCCAGCCAAGCCUUGACCCUGCCCAAGGCGCCUCAGAUUGCCAACGAGACGGAGCGCACCUCGGUGAUCGAAAGCGUGCAAAAGGCGGACGCCUUGGGUGCCCUCCCCGAGAACUUCCAAAUUCCCGCCACUGCGGCUCUGAAUCGGUACCUGUCCACGUACUUCAACCUGUAUCACCCUCACCUGCCGUUCCUGCAUCAGCAGUCGUUCAACCCCACCUCAGCACCUACUCCCUUGCUCCUCGCUGUCCUGUCCAUCGGUGCCCUGUACACCUUUGAACGCGACCACGCCUUCAUGCUCCACGUCGGCUCCAAGGUCCUCGUCAAUCAAUUCCUGCAGCACAAGGAGAACUUUGACUCGCGCAAAUGCCCUCUCUGGCUCAUGCAAAGCACGCUGCUCAACAUGGUCUUUGAGAGCUGGAGCGGUGAUCCCAAGGGUCUGGAAUGGACCUGCUCCAUCAAGAGUCUGCUGGCGAACAUGGUGGCGGGCAAUCGCUACCAACUCAAGUUGCGCACUGAGGCCCGUCAGGGUACCCAGCCCUCCCGCGAGGACUGGAUCGAGGAGGAAUCUUGCCGCCGAACCUACUUCGCCGUGUACAUCUUCUUUGGCAUGCUCACUCUGACCUUCAACCACACCCCGGCCAUGAGCUUUGACGAGUUCGACAAUCUGGAGCUCCCCUCAUCCGAAUCUCUCUGGAACCUGGAGACCGCAGACGAGGAGACCUGGCGCCGUAGCAUUGCCGCCGCCAGCUCGAUGACCGUCCGCGAGGCUCACGAUUUCUUGUUCCAGGGUGAGCAGACGCGCUACAGUGCCUUUGCGACCCGUGUCCUGAUCAACGCUCUGUUCCUCCAGGUGUGGAACCACAAGCGCAGCUUCGAGGCGCUUCAGGAUGUGGUCACAGAGUACAAGCUCCGACUGGCGCUGGAGACCUGGGAAAAUUCAUUGGAGGUGUGCGAGCCCGAGACCAUCGUGGUUCCGCUCAGCACUCCUCAAAAGGGUCACCCAUUGAUCUUCAACUCCAUGGCCGUCUAUCGCAACACUCGUGCUCGCCUGGAAGUCGACUUAAAGUCCAUCCAGGAAGCCAUGCGCUAUCACUCGUCCUACGAGGUGGCUGCGGCGAUGACGGUCGCCCGGGAGAAGGUCAAGCGCUCGCAGGAAAUGAACAAGGUGGUGCAGCAAUGCUUUGAGUGUAUGGAAAUCGCGGCGAUCCAGGGUAUCAACUGGGUGGCCAAGACCUCCGCCACCAACUGGAGCGUCGAACACCCGCUCUGUGGCUUGGAUCUGAUGGUCAUUCUGAGUCUCUGGCUCUAUCGCCUGGAACAUGACGACGAGCCAGCGACCGAGGCGGAACUGGCCAUCUACAACAAAGUGCGCAACCUGUUCGAUGACGAUGCCAUUGAUGCGUUUGGUAAACUCAGCUCCACCGUCGCCCGUGUUUGGGGUAACAUCCUUGACGGGGUAGUUGUCUGGGGAAUUACCAAGUUGAUGGGUGAAUCCUUCAAGUUGCACUCUCAGGCCCUUGUCGGUUACGAAGAUUCCCUCCGCGUUGGCAAAGACCAACCCAUUCAUGCGGUGCCUACCAAGUCGCUCGCCAGCGUUGGCACCGCGUAUUAG